UCAUGCUGCUGCCAGGUCCAGAGUCUCUCAUGGGUCCCUGUACGGCCUCCCAUUGCUGCUGUCUCCAUCGCCACACUCUGCCAUGUGCCACUUUCAGGUCUCCUCACACACUGCUGGGUUCCAUUUUGUCAUAGGGUGCUGGCAGAUUACGGGCCUCCCAUUGCUGCUGCCAGGCCUUAAUCUGCCAUGGGCCCCUGUACCGCCUCCUCAUGCUGCUGCCAGGUCCACAGUGUCUCAUGGGUCCCUGAACCGCCUUCCAUUGCUGCUGUCUCCAUCGCCACACUCUGCCAUGUGCCACUUUCAGGUCUCCUCACACUGCUGGUGUGUUACAUUUUUUGUC